UAUAUAUGACGUCGAGCAUCUGAUGUCACUUCAUUGAAAUCAUCUGCGUACUCAGGCCCAGCUGUCUAUCCCUUACGUGUUUGCCGUACCCUUCACCAACCGCGCGAGGCAGCUUGCAUGUGUGGAUGCGCGUUCCGUGAGAGUGCGAUUUUGUUCACCCCUUUAACGGAGUGAACAUCGUCCUCACAAAAUUGUGAGGGUUGUGAAGGUGAUAUGUAACGAAACGACAUAAAAUUGUAAAGGUGAUAUAUAACGGAAUGAUAUUUUAUUUUGAAUGAAGUGCCGUUCCGUUACACAUCAUUCUCACAAAAGUUGUGAGGGUGAUGUUCACCUCCGUUAAAGGGGUGAACAAAAUUGCACUCGUUCUGCGGUGUCUUUGUUUUCUAAUUUGAUUUCCGAAUUUCGAAGCCAAGCCAAACUGAUGUUGUACCUGACAUAGAUAGUUCGUUCUCGUAUAAAAUGACACCACCUUGAUUAGGUAAUAAUUCAUCUCAAAUGACGCAACUUUAAUUGCCCUAUUGCUAUUAGCUGGCCUCCUUGUCAUGUUUUUUUUUUUUUUUUUCAUUUCUGUCAUGUUUAUGAUCAAAGAGGUAUUAGGUUUUAGGUUUGUAGUUUAGAAUUUAGAAUUUAAGAUUUAAAUUAAGUAUAUAAGCAUAAAUUACUUAAAAAUGUGGGAAGAAGUAGUCAUUUUAUUGGGUUAAAUUAUAAUUUUAGUCUUACCUUGGUAAUAAAAUUAUAAUUUUGGAUAAAAAUAUUAUUUUUUAAUAACACAAAGACAAAAUCGUAAUUUCACUUAAAAAGACAGCCGGGUCUCUCCGUCGUUUAGGACAGCAAUCAAUGGAACAAAUGCUUAAGAGCUUAUAAAUCGAUAACAAGACCAAUUCUAAUUACAAACUAGACCGCGGGUGUUAGAUGUUUUACCUCUCCAAUUGUUGCUAGCAUUAAUAAAUUACUUAAUUAUUCAAGAAUCCGUCUAGUUGGCCCAGUACGUCACUCCUCUAUAGUUUAUAUAAGGCGGAGCUGCGCCACCGAAGAUAUCAAAAGAGCCAGUUGCAACGGCCGAUACCACAAUGUCCACCGCCGGUGGUGCGAAGAAGAUGCUGGUAAGCGACCUGGCAUCCAGUGCCACUCACGUCCCCUCAAACUACAUUCGACCCGUUUUGGAGCGUCCUAAUCUCACAAACAUUCAAAGCCCUAUUACUGCUGAUGCUUCGAUUCCACUUAUAGAUCUUGAGGAUCUCCACGGUCUUAGCCGCUCUCACAUAAUCGCACAGAUUGGUCAAGCCUGCCAAGAAGAUGGUUUCUUCCAGAUUAAGAACCAUGGAGUACCGGAGACGACGAUCGGAAAGGCGAUGCGGACGGCGAGAGAAUUCUUCAGGCUGCCUGAAAGCGAGAGGUUGAAGAACUACUCCGACGACCCUUCAAAGUCCACGAGGCUGUCCACGAGUUUCAACGUGAAAACCGAGCAGGUGUCCAAUUGGAGAGAUUUCCUGCGACUCCACUGUUACCCUCUCCGUGACUACGUCCACGAGUGGCCAACAAAUCCUCUAUCUUUCAGGGAGGAGGUAGCCGAGUAUUGCAGCAGCGUGAGGGGACUGGUUCUGAGGCUGCUUGAAGCCAUAUCGGAGAGCCUGGGCCUGCCUGGAGAUCACAUAAGUAACCAAUUGGGCAAGCAUGCCCAGCACAUGGCUAUGAAUUAUUACCCUCCAUGUCCCCAACCGGAGCUUACUUACGGGUUGCCGAGCCAUACGGAUCCAAACUUAAUUACAAUCCUUCUUCAAGAUGACGUCCCCGGCUUGCAGGUCCUCCGGCAAGGAAAAUGGGUAGCCGUAAAUCCUAUUCCCAACACAUUCAUCGUCAACAUCGGAGAUCAAAUGCAGGUUCUGAGCAAUGAUCGUUACAAGAGCGUGCUGCAUCGAGCUUUGGUGAACGAAAAGAAGGAACGAAUUUCAAUUCCGACGUUCUACUGUCCAUCCCCGGACGCUGUGAUUGGUCCCACUUCAGAGUUGAUCGAUGAGAGCCACCCCGCGGUUUAUAAGAGAUUCACUUAUCAGGAAUACUAUCAUAAGUUUUGGAACAGAGGUCUUGCCACCGAGUCCUGCCUCGACAUGUUCAAAAUCUCUUCAUCUUUGUAUGACCUCAAGUCACUCACCUUGUAGUUUGGCUAAACAGUAGCUAUAAUUAGGCAGUGCUAGUCAUAUGAUAUAUAUAUAUAUGUAUGCUUGUGUGCAUCAGGUGUGUGUUCACCCUGGGUAUAUUUUAUAAUAUAUAUAAGAGUUAAGUUGUAUUUGAUAUAUUAAGAUGUGAUAUAUUUGUUAUGUGAUAUAUCUUGUUAUUUCA